GGGGCGACCGUGGGCCCGGAUCGCAGCGGUCGGGGACCGGCGGCGGGAGAUCGCUGGCCAGCUACACGCUACACUCGCUUGGUUGGGGAGAUCGGCGCUCCGCCGGGUGAGCGUGAGCCUGGGAGAUGGCAGUGAUGGAAGUGGCCUGCCCAGGCACUCCUGGCUCAAUAGUUGGGCAGCAGAAGGAACUCGCCAAAGCCAAGGAGAAGACACAGUCACUGGGGAAGAAGCAGAGCUGUGUCUAUAAGCUUGAGGCUGUGGAGAAGAGCCCUGUGUUCUGCGGGAAAUGGGAGAUCCUGAACGAUGUGAUUACCAAAGGCACAGCCAAGGAGGGCUCCGAGGGUGGACCAACCGCCAUCUCCAUCAUCGCCCAGGCUGAAUGUGAGAAUAGCCAAGAGUUCAGCCCCACCUUUUCAGAACGCAUUUUCAUCGCGGGGUCACAGCAGUACAGCCAGUCUGAGGGUCUUGAUCAAAUCCCCAACAAUGUGGCCCAUGCAACUGAGGGCAAAAUGGCCCGUGUGUGUUGGAAGGGAAAACGUCGCAGCAAAGCCCGGAAAAAACGGAAGAAGCGAUCAAAGUCCCCGGCACAGGUGGAUGUGGCCUUGGCCAAGCCCCUUCCCAGAACCCCUGAGCAAGAGAGCUGCACAGUCCCAGUGCAGGAGGAUGAGUCUCCACUAGGUACUUUGUAUGUCAGAAACGCUCCCCAGUUCACCAAGCCUCUGAAAGAACCAGGCCUUGGCCACCUGUCCUUUAAGAAACUCGACGAGGGCCUUCGACCAGUGCUGCCUCGACCAGAACUCCACAAACUGAUCAGCCCCUUGCAGUGUCUAAACCACGUGUGGAAACUCCACUAUCCCCAGGACACAGGCCCACUGCCCCAUUCUGCUCAUCCCUUCCCCUACAAAAGACUGCCCCAUCCCUUCCCAUUCCACCCUCUCCAGCCCUGGAAACCUCACCCUCUGGAGUCCUUCUUCCUGGACAAACUAGCUGGUGUAGACAGCCAACAGCAUCUGCCUGGUACACACCUAAGCAAACUGGCCUGUGUAGACAAUCAAAAGCCCCUGCCUGGCCCACACCUGGAGCCUGGCUGCUCGUCCCGUGGCACUCGUGAGAAAUUUUCUGUGGAGGAAUACCUGGUACAUGCUCUGCAAGGCAGUGUGAGCUCUGGACAGGCCCACAGCCUGGCCAGCCUGGCCAAGACCUGGUCAGCAGGGAGUUCCAGGGCCCAGAGGCUCAGCCCUGAAACUGAGGACAAUGAGGGGGUCCUACUUACUGAGAAACUCAAGCCAGUGGAUUAUGAGUACCGAGAAGAAGUCCACUGGGCCACACACCAGCCCCGCCUGGGCAGAGGCUCCUUUGGAGAGGUCCACAGGAUGAAAGACAAACAUACAGGCUUCCAAUGUGCUGUCAAAAAGGUGCGGGUGGAAGUGUUUCGGGCAGAGGAGCUGAUGGCAUGUGCAGGAUUGACCUCACCCAGAAUUGUCCCUCUCUAUGGCGCUGUGAGGGAAGGUCCUUGGGUCAACAUCUUCAUGGAGCUACUGGAAGGUGGCUCGCUGGGCCAGCUCAUAAGGCAGAAGGGCUGUCUGCCGGAGGACCGCGCCCUUUACUACCUGGGCCAGGCCCUGGAGGGACUGGAAUACCUCCACACGCGAAGGGUUCUGCACGGAGAUGUCAAAGCUGACAACGUGCUCCUGUCCAGCGAUGGGAGCCGAGCAGCCCUCUGCGACUUUGGCCAUGCCAUGUGCCUGCAACCUGAUGGCUUGGGGAAGUCCUUGCUCACAGGGGACUACAUCCCUGGCACAGAGACACACAUGGCCCCAGAGGUGGUGAUGGGGAAGCCCUGUGAUGCCAAGGUGGAUAUCUGGAGCAGCUGUUGCAUGAUGCUACAUAUGCUCAACGGCUGCCACCCCUGGACUCAAUACUUCCGAGGCCCGCUCUGCCUCAAGAUUGCCAGCGAGCCUCCGCCUGUGAGGGAGAUACCCACCUCCUGCACCCCACUCACCGCCCAGGCCAUCCAAGAGGGGCUGAGGAAAGAGCCUGUCCACCGAGCAUCUGCCGUAGAGCUGCGAGGGAAGGUCGGCUGGGCACUGCAGCAAGUGGGAGGUCUGAAGAGUCCUUGGAGGGGAGAAUAUAAAGAACCAAGACAUCUGCCACCAGACCAAACCAACCAUCACCAGACCCUACAUGCCCAGCUGACUGAGCAUGUGCCAACACAGGACACCGCAGGCUGGGCCCCUAAGCCUCAGCCUCCUCUACCACCAGAGCCACCAGAGCGGAACAAGUCCCCAGCACUGAACUUGAGCAAGGAGGAGUCUGGCACAUGGGAACCCUUGCCUCUGUCCUCCCUAGACCCAGCCUCUGCUAAGGGCCACAGCUCACAAGAACGGAGAGCUACCCUUCCCGAGCUGGAAUUGCAGCAGCUGGAAAUAGAAUUAUUUCUGAACAGCCUGUCCCAGCCUUUUUCUCUGGAGGAACAGGAGCAAAUCCUCUCAUGCCUCAGCAUCGACAGCCUUUCCCUGUCGGAGGACAGUGAGAAGAAUCCAUCAAAGGCCUCUCAGAGUUCACGGGACACCCUGAGUUCCGGCGUGCACUCCUGGAGCAGCCAGGCGGAGGCGCGAAGCUCCAGCUGCAACAUGGUGCUAGCCCGGGGACGGCCCACUGACACCCCAAGCUACUUCAAUGGUGUCAAAGUCCAAAUACAGUCUCUCAAUGGUGAACACCUGCACAUCCGAGAGUUCCACCGGGUCAAGGUGGGAGACAUUGCCACGGGCAUCAGCAGCCAGAUCCCAGCCCCAGCCUUCAGCUUGGUGACCAAAGAUGGGCAGCCUGUUCGCUAUGACAUGGAGGUGCCAGACUCGGGCAUUGACCUGCAAUGCACCCUGGCCCCAGAUGGCAGCUUUGCCUGGAGCUGGAGGGUCAAGCAUGGCCAGCUGGAGAACCGACCCUAGCUCUGCCUUCCGUCACCGGCUCCACUGCUCACAGCAGCCUUCCUUCUCAGUGUUCAGUACUGCCCUGAGACACAGGCUCAGCCAUCCCGAGGAUCUGCUGUCCCCUGGCUCAGCAGUGAGACCAGGACUGGCAGCAGCAAAGUGGGGACCAAUGAAAUGCCUCCCAGGACUUCCACCUGAGUCCUGCCCACCUCUGUAAGGGAACUCUCCACCCAUGUAAGGAGAUGGAGAAAGCAGGAGAGCUCUUCCCUCAGGAGCAGAGAGGGGGUUCUCUGUGCUGCUCCAAACAAGUUGGCCUGACCUGUCUGGGUCAGUGACCACUUGCCAGCCUGGGUCAGGAGGGGUGGGUGAUCCCUCUGGGCCCCACAGCCCCCAGGCAGGUGUGUAGGUGUUGAGAGUCUAAGGACCCACACCCAGGUGGUGCAGAUGCAGAGCAUCAGGUGUGCCUGCCGUGGGGUUAGUGAGGCCUCUGGCCCCAUGUCUGGUCUCCCUGGCCAUCCACCUCCAGUGGGAUAGAGCAGGAAGGAAAGCCCAAUACUGGGCAAGCUCUUUGGUACAAUGCACAUUUUCAGGUUGUUGCGUCAUAGCUCCUGAGUUGAACUUCUGUUCAUCCAUGAACCAAAAAAGGAACUGAAGUUGUUCUCAGCUCCCAAGCACGUGUCCCCUUGCUGCUGGUCACUCCUCCCCAGAGCAGCACUCCCAGCAUCCAGACCCUGACUAGCUGGCGCUCAGUUCCCUCAUCCAUGAAAGUGAAGGGUCAUAUGAGACCCACCUGACAGGAAUGGUCUGUGGACAAGACAGUAUAGAUGCUGAAGAACACAGCAGGUGUUAGCACUGCUACUCCCUAGCCAUGCUGUCACUCUCCAGCACUCCGGCUUCCUGGUCACAGGGCACUGCCAGCUGCACUUUGCACUCUUAACUUCAAAGCACUUUCCUGGCUGCCCUCCAGGAGGACAUGGACUCUGCACGGGCACAAGUAGACCAGGGGACGGGUAAAGGAACACAGUCCUGACCCAUCUCCAUGAAUGUGAUCCCCUCAAGCUUCUUUCGGAUUUAAAAUGAGUGCCCCAGCCCAGCCUGUUCUCUGGGGGGGAGCUACUCAGGACUCAUGUAGCAUUAAAUCAACUGUGAAUCAUUGGGGGGAGGGACAUUGAGACCCCUCCUCUGGAGAAGCUGAUCCCUACAUGGAGCUAAGGUGGUCUCUGCUCAGCUUUUUGCAUGGAGCCUGGCUGCUCCAGAGAGAGACCCCGGCCCCAGCACAUGAAAAACUGCAGCCCUGGUGCUGUAGCAUUUGCUUGUAUAGAGCUCUUGUAAGAAAUAAAACUUGCAGUGAGGACAGAUGUUUCUAGGCCAUUUUUUUUUUUGCCAGUUUAUUCUUUCUGAAAUAAACC